GAACUCUUUCAAAAGAAACAGCAGACUGUAACAUGCCUCACGACCAUAGCCAUGGGUGUGGUACAGAGUGUGACCAUGAUCACGAUGUUCCUGAGUCGCAAGGACACAGGGACAACCUAUUUUUGCGCAUUGAUCGUGACAAUGUGGUCGCACUGAAUGUCGCCAACGGUAAAGGUCCAGAAGUAGUCAAGCCAUGGCAUGAACGCAUGAACGAAGAUAUGUACCUGGACUCUGAUGCAGAUGACCAAAUUAUCAUUCGUGUACCAUUCACCGGUUCCGUAAAGCUACGUGCACUCCUGCUGAAAGCUGGACCUGGUGACCAGACUCCCGCAAAAGUGUCUUUGCUCAGCAAUCUAGAACAUUUGGAUUUUUCCGACGUCAUUGAACGCAAGCCUGCGCAAGAAUUCGAGGUACCUCAGGGACGCGAUGUUGGGGAAUACCAUGUAUUGUCAGCGAAAUUUCCAGCGAUAACCUCAAUCACGCUGUUCUUUCCGGCUUCGCAAGGCGGAGACACUACCCGCAUCUACUAUGUGGGCUUCUUGGGACAGUGGACGGAGCGCAAAACCGACCCUGUUGUUGCCGUAUACGAGUCUCGAGCGAAUCCGGCAGAUCACCCCAAGAUCACUGGCAUCCAUGAUGUUAGAAGUAGCACUUGAGCAGAUUUAAGUUUGGCGAGGAAGCAGCGGCAGGAGGUUGUUUGACUACGAGCUCUCUCACAGCCGGUGGCCGCUAAGACAGGAAUUGCUGUAUGCGUCGUAUUUGUGUGCAUCGAUGCCGGUUAUAUAUUAUCAC